AUGUCGGCGUGGAAGGUUGCUUACCUGCGCCUUCUGCCUUUUCAGGUUUCGAGGUAUCAAUUUUAUCGUUGGAUCCACUUUUUCGGUCCUCGACUAACACGAUCGACUAAUCCACCUCUCCGCUCUCUAGCAUCGUACACCACACAAGCUAAGGGGACGAGAUCUACUACAACCGAUGAUACUAAUGAAGAAUCAAGGGAGCAUAAAAUUGGGAGAUUUUUAACGAAGAUCAUGCAAUUUUUCUCACCUAAUCGUAUCCUGCAACGUAGCGCUCUCAACCUAUAUCACAGUUGUGUCGACAACAUAAAUUAUUCCGAUUUUUAUAAAGUAUGCCAACUACCAGAUACAUUCCAGUCAUGGUUUUUAAUCAAUCAAUUACAUGUUUGGAUGUGCUUGGUAAGACUGAAGCAAGAAGGUUCAGAUGGGAAAUAUGCUUAUCAGCAGCUAGUAACGUUCUUCUGGGAAGAUGUCGAAUCUCGAAUCUAUUCAAUAGGGGUCAGCUCUACUUCUGCACAAACUAGUGAAUUAUUAAAAGAGUUUUAUGGCAUGACCUUUGCUUAUGAUGAGGGUAUUAUGUCAAAUGAUCGAAUAUUAGCUGCUGCUCUAUGGAGGAAUCUAUUUUCACACACCAGUGCUCGUCAUGAUGUUAUUAGUCUAGUUAAAUUAGUAGAAUACGUCCGUAUGCAGGUCAAAUACUUGGAUGAAAUCAAAUCGGAACAUUUGUUAAAAAAUGGAAAAAUUGAAUGGCUUCCUUUGCAGCGUUAACAUCAUGUCAUUAAAGUCGCUUUAUAUGAAUAGGCCUUUUUUGUAUAUACUCCUUUGUAUUUAAACAGUUUCGCACUAUGUGUAGUUGAUAAAUGUCUAUACUAUAACUAUUGCAAUGCACAAAGUAUCAUCCGUUUAUCAACUGAUGACUAUUUACUGAUCUAUAUUUUAUCAUCUGUUCUAUGAGGUUGGGAUAAUAUAGGGUAUUACGCAUAUUUUUGAAAUAAGUUACGCAACCUCAUUAUGUGCAUUACAUGAACAGCCCUUUUUUGACUAUUGCUGCUGUUAUAUUAUAAAAGUGG